AUGGCUCUGGCGAAGAGUGGCUGGCUGUGGAGACAAAGCUCAGUUCUUCGGCGAUGGAAGAGGAACUGGUUUGAUUUAUGGCUGGACGGUAGCCUAUAUUAUUAUCAUGAUGACAAUCGCAAUCAACUGGAAGACAGAAUCCAUCUAAAAAUAAAUUGCUUAAGCGUUAAAGCAGGAUAUGAAUGUGGAUUGCCACCAGAAGAAACCGGCAGGGAAUGUAUGCUGCUGCUUCACCUGAAGGAUGGGUCAAAACUGACACUUAGUGCAGACAGCGCUGAUGAUGCAUUGGCCUGGAAACUGGCUUUCCUGGAAACAAAAUCUAACAUGGUAUCCGUGUAUGAUCCUGCUGAUGAUCAUUACCAGACCAUUGCUCCAGAUGCAUUUAACACCGUCUACAUCAGUCCAAGGAACUGUGGUCAUCCAGGGUCGAGGAUAACCCGUUUGUGGAUCCAUCAGGAACCCAGUUGCAACACAGGAGAACAAAUUGCACUGGGGAUGCUUGUUGGGGCUGUUACAAGCUCUUUGCUGAGAUCACUCAUGUGGGCACCGUGCUGGUUCUAAAACAAUGUUACUGUCAAGGCAAGAAACUGUGCAUUGCUGCAUAAACAUAGAGUACUUUGGUUAUACGAACACU